CUAGUUUUGGUCCGACUUCUUCUAAAAUGUCAGGUGGCUCUGUGGUAGCUGGCUCCUUCGUGGCAGCUGACUACGUGGUGUUUGUUGUCAUGCUGAUAAUGUCCGCCGCCGUCGGGGUCUACCACGCCUGGGCGGACAGGAGCCAGAGAAGCUCCGGAGACUUUUUAAUGGGGGGCCGCCGGCUGACAGCCCUGCCCGUCUCCUUGUCCCUGUCCGCCAGCUUCAUGUCAGCCAUCACCGUGCUGUCCAACCCAGCGGAGGUUUACCGCUACGGAGCCAACAUUGGGUUCUACGGUCUCGCCUAUGGAAUGACAAUGCUGGUGACAUCUGAGGUCUUCCUCCCCGUCUUCUACAAGCUGGCCAUCACCAGCACCUAUGAGUACCUGGAGCUGCGUUUCAGCAGGGCGACCCGUCUGCUGGGAACAGUGCUCUUCAUUGCUCAGACGAUCCUCUACACUGGCAUUGUCAUUUAUGCUCCAGCUCUUGCUUUAAACCAGGUGACUGGAAUGGAUCUGUGGGGUGCAGUCAUUUCAACAGGGGUGGUCUGCACCUUUUACUGCACGGUGGGAGGUCUAAAAGCAGUGGUAUGGACGGACGUGUUUCAGCUUGGCGUCAUGCUCGCAGGCUUCCUGUCCGUCAUCAUCAGGUCUGUGGUCCUACAAGGUGGAGUCAGCAACAUCAUUUCAGACUCCCAGCACGGAGGGAGACUCAACUUUUUGGACUUCGACACCAACCCUCUGAGGAGACACACCUUUUGGACUAUAACCAUCGGAGGUACAUUUGUUUGGAUCAGUAUCUAUGGGAUCAACCAGGCUCAGGUUCAGAGAUACAUCGCCUGCAAGAGCAUCACUCAUGCCAGACUUUCCUUGUACAUCAACCUGUUGGGCCUGUGGUCCAUCUUGCUGAGCUCAGUGUUUGCAGGGAUGUGCCUCUACUCAGUCUAUAAGAGCUGUGACCCAUGGACCUCCGGACUGGUCUCUGCCCCAGAUCAGCUGAUGCCAUAUCUGGUGAUGGACAUCUUAGGAGACUAUCCUGGCCUUCCUGGACUGUUUGUUGCAGCAGCAUAUAGUGGAUCUCUAAGCACAGUGUCUUCCAGCAUCAAUGCCCUGGCUGCCGUGACAGUGGAGGACCUCAUCAAACCUUACACCAACCUGUGUGAGAAGCACCUGUCCUGGAUCUCAAAAGGAAUGAGUUUCCUAUAUGGAGUUUUAUGCAUUGGAAUGGCAGGACUGGCUUCGCUCAUGGGUGGUGUCCUGCAGGCAGCCAUCUCUAUAUUUGGAGUCAUUGGAGGUCCUUUACUUGGCCUGUUCACACUAGGCAUCCUCUGUCCAUCUGCCAACUCCAAAGGGGCUUUGACAGGGCUCGUGUCAGGGCUGGUUGUUUCUCUGUGGGUCGGGAUCGGUGCUCAGAUAUACCCUCCGUCUCCCGAGAUGACUCGGCCUCUGUCACUCACCACAGAGGGUUGUAACUUCACUGCGACACAGGGCUCCAAUUGGACCUCCACCACCUUCCCAACACAACCAGGCUCCACCAGCACACCCCAAGUACACAUGGAUAGCAGCAGGCCUGUGCUGGCAGACUGGUACUCACUGUCCUACCUUUACUUCAGUCCAAUUGGAACCAUAAUAGUUAUCAUUGUGGGACUGAUAGUCAGCAUGUUUACAGGAGGCUGCAAGCUGAAAGUGGAACCAAAGCUUAUGUUAACUAAAGAAGACACAACUCUUUAUUACUUAUUCAAGUUCUUCAAAGACAGAGUAAGAAAGCUUGACCUGAAAAAGGACAGAGAGAAGAAAUUUGGCAACAUGAAUCCUGCUUUCUAUGGCGCUGAGCUGGACUGAAAAACAGCGUUCUCUCAUGAAAUGCAUCUAAUGAAGUUGUGUUUUAAGUUUCUCUUAUAUAAGAAAUGAAAAGAAGUGGAAUCGAUCAGUGACUUGUUGUAAUUUGUUAAACUGUCAAUGCUUUUGACAUGAAUACAUGCUGAAACAUUUUACACCAUCGGUUAAUGGUGACUCUGAAUUGUCUCUGCAUACUCACUCUCUCUUUAUUUGGGAUUAGUAGAACGUAAGAACUUUAAAAACCAAGAAUCGUCUUUGAACAGGCAGUAGGUUUUGGAAAGAAAUGAUGUCCUCACGUGUGGACACAAGGAUUUUAUUAUAAUAA